CCCCGCUGGCUCUUUAUAGAUCCCUGGUUCCCCUCCAAGGCCUGGAGGCUUGGACAGUUUGGAGGAGGAAGACAUGGCCAGGAGCCCUGACAACGCGCCAUGGUGGGCAACCCUGACAGUGCUGACCGCCCUGGGCACAGCUGUGACAGCGACCACCAACCCCGGCAUCGUGACCAGGAUCACCCAGAAGGGCCUGGACUAUGCCUGCCAGCAAGGAGUGGCUGUGCUGCAGAAGGAGUUGGAGAAGAUCCAGAUUCCCACCUUCUCAGGAAACUUUAAGAUCAAGUAUCUUGGGAAAGGGCAUUACAGCUUCUACAGUAUGGUUAUCCAUGGGUUCCAGCUUCCCAGCUCCCAGAUAAAUUUGUUGCCCAAUGAGGGCCUUCAACUUUCCAUCAAAAAUGCCAAUGUCAAGAUCAGUGGAAAAUGGAAAGCACGAAAGAAUUUCAUCAAAACCAGUGGCAACUUUGACCUGAGUGUGGAGAGCAUCUCCAUUUUGGCGGGUCUGAAGCUGAGCUGUGACCCGACCUCGGGCCACCCCACCAUCGCCUGCUCCAGCUGCAGCAGCCGCAUCGACAGUGUCCACGUGCACAUCUCAGGAGGCAGCCUGGCGUGGCUGAUGCAGCUCUUCCACAAAAAAAUUGAGUCUUCACUUCGAAACACCAUGAACAGCAAGAUCUGCGAGGUAGUGACCCAUUCUGUGUCCUCCAAGCUGCAACCUUAUUUCCAGACACUACCAGUGACAGCCAAAAUAGAUAAUGUGACUGGGAUCGAUUACUCACUGGUGGCCCCUCCAAUAAUCACAGCUGAGAACCUAGAUGGACAGCUGAAGGGGGAGUUUUUCAGGCUGGCCCACCGCAGCCCCCCUCCAUUUGCCCCACCGGCGCUGGCCUUGCCCCCCACCCACGACCGCAUGCUGUACCUGGGCCUCUCCGACUACUUCUUCAACACAGCCGGGCUCGUGUACCAAGAGGCUGGAGUCCUGAACCUGACCCUCACGGACGAAAUGAUUCCACAGGAAUCUAAAUUCCGACUGACAACCAAAUUCUUUGGGACCCUCAUACCAGAGGUGGCCAAGAUGUUCCCCGACAUGAAGAUGCAGCUCCUCAUCUGGGCUUCCUCCCCGCCGCACCUCACAGUGCACCCCUCCGGCAUUGCCUUCACCCCUACUGUGGAGGUUCAGGCCUUUGCUGUCCUCCCAAACUCCUCCUUAGCCCCGCUCUUCCUGAUUGACAUGAACAUGAACAUUUCUGUGGAAAUUGGUGCCAGGGCCGACAGGCUUGUUGGAGAGCUCCGGUUGGGCAGGUUGCUCUUAGAACUGAAGCACUCAGACAUCGGCCCCUUCUCGGUUGAAUUGCUGCAGGCUGUCAUGAAUUAUGUCGUGCCCACAGUUGUGCUUCCUAAGGUGAAUGAGAGGCUGCAGAAGGGGUUCCCUCUCCCACUGCCCACCCAUGUCCAGCUCUUCAAUCUGGUGCUUCAAUCUAAGCAGGAUUUCCUGCUGUUUGGUGCAGAUGUUCAGUACAGCUGAAGUCGCCAUGGGGGCUGGGGGCUGUCAGCUGCGCCAGGAGGUGAGCGACUGUCAACACCUGUUCAUGACAGGCCACCUUCCUCCAGGCAUCCCUCUCCAGCUCUCACCAGAGAGUUUUGUCAGCUUCUCUGAACUCAGAUCAUUGGAAAAUUGUGUGGUGUCUAUUUUAGGGAUUAUGGGUGUCUUUCAAAAGCCAAGACUGCACAGACAUCUCGUCCAGGAAUUGCAUUUCAGUUAUAACCACAAUAUUUCUAUUUGUGCUUCACCCCUUGCCCCCCAAAAAAUGUUUUGUCUGAGGAA